AUAAGUAGCUACGUAGGUAGAAAUAGUCUUUGGGCUGGACCUGAAUAAGUUGCUCAAUAAAGCCAACGAUUAAAAAAUCCUGCCCCUCUAUAUAGAUGACCGCUAUAUUCCUCCCUCCUUAAAUUGUCUUUGUCCUCAAAGACACGGCACAGCCCAGAUUCUUUUCCCUCUGGCAGGACUUUCACCUGCAAGUCCAGGGGUGGUCAACAGCACCAAAAACAGGAAGGGAGAAAAUGCAACGGACCAGACCUGGAUUCGAGCCUGGUUCACCUGAAUUCUCUAGUCAAGUGCUCUACCAACUGAACUAUCUGGCCACUGGCGAUCGAAACCGGCUGGCCGCUACAUAUAAAGACAGUGUAUUUAUAUAUUUAUAUACAGCCCAGUAGCUCAGUACUUUGUUACUAGCCUGAAAAUACGGAUCAGGCAACGAAAUUAAGGGGAAAUACUCGCUAAAUGCGAGUUAAAAAUUGACAUAGCGAGUGAAAAAUCACAAGUGAUCGCAGCUUUUUGCGAGUAAAAAAAACCCCGAUCUUUUUUUCAAGAUAUCCUUGGUUUAUUGGCUGUACUUUGAACUUUACAAUAAUUUUGUCAUGUGCAUAGAAAUGCUUUACAGAAUGAAUAUACAAGUAUUGAAAAAGUAAACGUUGAUCGAAUAAAUAACUAAGGCCAAGGUCAUCUCAGUCAGUGAUGUCGAAGAUGGCCUACUUCAUGCACACUUUGGGCGUCUCAGAGACGUCUGAUUUAAAUAGCAAGCAUGUUGAUCUCGUCUGUGUUUACAUUAAACAACACAUGAAAGUGUUAGUGUCAUGCUUCACGCAGUGUCCUGUAGUCUAUAGCGAAACACUUACAGUUCGCGAUUUUUUUAAAAUUAGAAUUUUUUAGGUGAAAUUUCCAAAAGUUUUGAAGAUAUAGUUAGAAUUGACGCAGUCUUCAAGAUUUCAAACCACAUGAUGUUGUAAAUAGGUGGUAGAUCUCUGGACAACGAGUUCGCCGCACAUGUGUACCCUAUGACCCUCAUCAUGCACCAAUGAUACAUAUUUCUGAAAUGAAUGCAAAAAGGAAAAUCCGGAAAAGAAAAGUUGAAGAAUCAUUGCUGCUUAACUCUGAACAAAGAGAGUCUGAUGAAAAGGAGAAUUUUGAAGCAAAAUUCAUUAAUGAAGAAAUAGGGCAAGGUGUAUUUGCCAAAAAAAAAAUUAUUGAAGGGGAGAUACUACUAGAAUAUAGGGGAGAACUCAUCGAAGGAGAUUUUGAUUCUGAAGAUGACACAUAUGUUUUUCAAUUACACUUUAAAAGAAAGCAAUUUUGCAUUGAUGCUACAGAAAACAGAUCAUUUGGAAGAUUACUAAAUGAUGAGCACAAAAAACCAAAUUGUAAAGCAACGAUAAUUGAAGAAGAUGGUAAACCCCAUGUAUAUUUUGUUGCUGUCAGAGACAUAAACACUGGGGAAGAACUACGAUAUAACUAUGGUCCAGGAAUUUAUAGUUGGAGAACCUCUAAAACGCGCCAAAGAUGCAAAAUAGGUGGAGACAAAGACUCUAAGCAAGGAUCCACCAACAAAGAUUCACACUCUACACGAGGAGCCACCACCAAAGAUUUAGACUCUCCAAGAGGAUCCACCACCAAAGGUUCACAUUCCGGCUCUCCGCGAGGAGUCACCACCAAAGAUUCAGACUCUAUGGGAGGAUCCACCACCAAAGAUUCACAUUCACACUCUACGCGAGGAUCCACCACCAAAGAUUCACACUCAGACUCUACACAAGGAGCCACCACCAAAGAUUCACACUCAGACUCUACACAAGGAGCCACCAUCAAAGAUUCACGCCAAGACUCUACACGAGGAGCCACCACCAAAGAUCCACACUCAGACUCUACACAAGGAGCCACCACCAAAGAUCCACACUCAGACUCUACACAAGGAACCACCACCAAAGAUUCACACUCAGACUUUACACAAGGAGCCACCACCAAAGAUUCACACUCAGACUCUACACAAGGAGCCACCACCAAAGAUUCAGACUCUACACAAGGAGCCACCACCAAAGAUUCACACUCAGACUCUACACAAGGAGCCACCACCAAAGAUUCACAAUCAGACUCUACACAAGGAUCCACCACCAAAGAUCCACACUCAGACUCUGCACAAGGAGCCACCAUCAAAGAUUCAAACCAAGACUCUGCACAAGGAGCCACUACCAAAGAUUCAGACUCUACAGGAGGAUGCACCACCAAAGAUUCAGACUCUCCGCAAGGAGCCACUACCAAAGGUUCACAUUCAGACUCUAUGCGAGGGGCCACCACCAAAGAUUCAGACUCUCCACGAGGAGCCACCACCAAAGAUUCAGACUAUCCACGAGGAGCCACCACCAAAGAUUCAGACUCUCCGCGAGGAGCCACCACCAAAGAUUCAGACUAUCCACGAGGAGCCACCACCAAAGAUUCAGACUCUACACGAGGAGCCACCACCAAAGAUUUAGACUCAGACUCUAUGCAAGGAUCCACCACCAAAGAUUUAGACUCAGACUCUAUGCAAGGAGCCACCACCAAAGAUUUAGACUCAGAUUCUAUGCGAGGAGCCACAACCAAAGAUUUAGACUCAGACUCUAUGCGAGGAACCACCACUAAAAAGUCAGACUCUACACGAGGAGCCACCACCAAAGAUUCACGCUUAGAAGAUGUUGGGAUGUGUCUUGCAAAAAUAACGGUGAUCAAGAAGGAUGAUAGUUUAGGAGCCAUUUACCAUAUGAAUGAAGAGGAAUGUGUCAUUGGAAGUGGAAGAGAGUGUAAUAUAAAAGUGUCCCUAACAAAUGUUGACAAUAUUCAUGCAGUUGUUGCAGUUGACAGAUUCAAGGCUUCCGUAACAAAUUUUAGUAAAAAGUUUCCUGUCAUUCUCAAUGGAAAACCAAUUGAAAUUGGCAAAGAAUUGAAUGAUGGAGAUAUGUUGGUCAUUGGUGGCAGAAAAUUUUUGUUCAAUCAUAAGAAAAGUUGCAAUAGUCACUCGGAUCUUUUUGAGGACUCGUCUGAACAUUCUGAUCCUUUUGACCCAGACUAUGAAAUGUCAGAGGAUGCAGACAAUGUGACUUCAGAAGACAGUUGUGAUGAAAUAAUUGAGGAAGAAGUUGAACUUGUUUCAGAUUCAGGUUCGGAUGUUAUUCCUUAUCAAGGACCACUCCAAUUUUUGGACCAGGAGGAAACAGUUAGUUCAACAUCAGAGCUUAUGGCUUUAAAUUCAGCAUCAAAGCACCAAAAGCAAAGAGCUACAGAUUUUGUAUUCAAGAAUGACAUCAUUUCAAGUACCGUUAAAGAUGUGGAAGUUCAGCAAUCUGGGAAUCAGGAUGGGAUUCGUGUUUGGGACAAGGUACACUAUUGUGUGUACUGCGAAAAAGGAUUCACCAAUAUAACUAAACAUUAUUUGGGAGUACAUUCAAAUGAAACAGAUGUGCAACAUAUCAAAUCUCAUCCUUUAAAGUCCACCAAUAGAAAACUUGCCCUAAUGAAGCUGAGAAACAGUGGUGAUUUUCAACACAAUUAUGAAGUGUUAAGAACACGCCAUGGAACUUUAGUAACUUUUACUAGAAAUUGGAAUGAAACUUCUGCAGACCAAUUUCUGCCUUGUCAAUAUUGUUUGGGAUUUUUCCUUAAAUCUUCUUUAUGGCGACACACCAAAAAUUGUCCGUUUGCUCCUGAAAGAAAAGAAAAAUACAGAAAAGUAUCAUCACAAUCCAUGCUGCUUCUUCCAACUAGCACAGAUGUUAGCGAAGGCCUAAGAGAAAAGGUAUUAAGCCGAAUGUCUGCUGAUGAAAUUAGUAUAGCAGCCAGGAAUGAUCCUAUUAUUGUGAGAGUUGGGGAAAAACUUUAUCAGAAACAUGGACACUUGACUCACCUCUAUACAUAUGUAAGUCAAAAGAUGAGAGAACUUGGAAGAUUACUGAUUUUACUUAGAGAAACUGACAAAGAUAUUAAUUCUCUAGAUGAUGCAAUCCAUCCAAAGAAGUACCCUGCUGUGGUAAAAUGUACAAAAACAUUAUGUGGCUUUCAAGAAAACUCAAAUUCAUACAAUAAUCCAUCCUUAGCACUGAAGUUGGGACAUUCUCUUAAAAAAUGUGCAAAAAUCAAAAAUUCCUUAGCCCUGAUUCAAGGAAAUGGAGAUUCAACCAAAGACGCAGAGGGAUUUUUCACUCUGUGUGAAAACGAAUGGACUGAUUCAGUCUCAAGCAGUGCAUUUCAGACGUUGGCAUCAAACAAAUUGAACAAAGGUCAUGGGUUACCUCUCGCAGAAGACAUCCAAAAAAUGCAAACUCUUCUGAAGGAAAAAACUGAAGAGCUUGUUAUUCAGCUACAAAAAUCAGUGAAGAAAUCUGUAUGGGAUGAGCUGAAUCAAGUGACAUUGGCCAGACUUGUGAUGUUUAACAGACGCAGAGGUGGAGAGUCAGAGAGAAUGACACUUGCGUCUUUCUGUGAAAAAAGGUCAAAGAGUGACUCACUAAAAGAAAUUGAAGAUUCCUUAAAACCACUUGAAAGAAUCCUCUGUAAAACCUUUUCAAGAGUUGAAAUUCGUGGAAAAAGAGGACGUAUGGUCCCAAUCUUAAUAACACCAGCACUAGAGAGGAGCAUAGUUUUGCUAAAUGAAACCAGGGAACAGGCUGGAGUAAGUAAAAGCAAUCCUUAUGUCUUUGCCAGGUCAGGCUUCAGUUCCCUUAACCCAAUCCGAAGCUCAGAUUGUCUUCGAAAGUUUGCUGAAGAAAGUGGGGUUAAAAACACUCGGAAUUUGACUAGUACAAAGCUGAGGAAACACGUUGCUACAGUAUCACAAAUUUUAAAUUUAGAGAAAAGUGACAUUGAAAUCAUGGCAGGUUUCCUUGGACAUGACAUUAGGGUGCACACAUCAUUUUACAGGCUCCCAAGCGAUACAUUACAGAUUGCAAGAAUGGGAACAAUUCUGACUGCUUUUGACAACGGAGAAAUUUCAAAAUACAGUGGAAAAUCUUUGGACCAAAUUGCCUGUGAAGACAUUAAACUUGGCAAUGAAGAAGGUGAAGAGGAUAUGAGCAGUAGUGGAGAGGAAAGUGAUGAAGACAAUUGUCACAGAGGAAAAACGAGGAAGCUGAAUCCUCCAAAAGGUGAAAAAAAGAAGAAAAAUUAAACAAAAGUUACAUGCAGUACUUU